AACUCUCAAAUUGAUAUCUUUGUUUCUCGAUGUGGAUUAGUUAAAAAAACAUAUCUGAAUUUAUUGUUUUUACGACAUUUUAUUUUGUAUAGUAUCUAUAAGAUAUGGCUUUAAGGUCCUGACAACACGUGAAUAAGCAUCAAGUCAAAGGUCGCACAGUUUGAAAUAGCAGCUCGUGUUCGCAGUAGUUCAGUACGGCAGUGCUGAGCCUCGAGCAACGCCACUGAGCUGCUGCUGUUUGUUCACAACCACCGGAUUACUGCUUGGGAAGUGAAGACGGGGAAAGGUUGUUAUAUACAGUAUGGAUAAAAUGCUGGAGAAUCUGUCAAAAACUGAGUUUGUCAGCAUCUGUGUUCAGGAUCCAAGGUUUCAUAGAGAUGACCUCUGGCACACACACGUCGACUAUGAAAUCUGUUUACAAACCAACAGUAUGUGCUUUCGAAAGAAGACUUCCUGUGUAAGGCGGCGUUACAGUGAAUUUGUCUGGCUGCGUCAGUGUCUGGAACAGAAUGCUCUCAUGAUGGAGCUUCCCAAGUUGCCGUCUUGGAACCCCUUCUUCAGUCUGAGGAACACACAUCAGGUCUCACAGAGGAUGAAGGGCUUUCAGGAGUUUUUAGAAAGAGUUCUUCAUAACCCGUUGUUGUUAUCGGACAGUCGACUCCAUCUGUUCCUCCAGUCAGACCUCAGCAUCAAAAGGAUGGAGAGGUGUGCUCUUGGCAAGACCAAGUACACAGUGGCUGAAGCCAUACAGCGUUCCAGCAGCGGAUACAUCAGCGGUUUGGAGGACAAGGCCUCCUGUGACUCUGACUGUGAAAGCUCUUCCUCAUCAGGAUUGGGACAUAGUGUGGACACUUCACUCCAAGGAGGAAGCUCCAUCACCUUCUUCGAGUCCCCCAGAGAGCCAGAGCUGUUCAGCUGCAGAAUUCCCCAGCCCACUCAUUGCAGUUGUACUUGAUCAGCUUGUUUGUUAUACCCCAUGGAGCUCUUGCUUUUCUCAGUUAACUUACAAAGAGCAACACGUUUUGUUUUACCUUUUCCUUAACUUUAUUAUCUCCCUUUGACAUUUGUUGUUUUAAUAAUUUGCUUUAGUUUUCUCAAAGCAAUGCUAUGGUCGUUUAAUUUAGCGUAUCCUUGUCAAAAAAUGUUUUAAAAAAUGUAUACUAAACCUGCAUUUAAAUGGUGAAUUCUUAAAUAUUUUCUAUGUAUAUUUUUAUCUGCACUGAAGCUGUACUGAGGUUAGCAAGUGAUGAGUUUGGAAUUGUGGAUAGGAUUUUUAGAAAAAUAUAUGAAUACUUUUAUGAUGUGUUAAAGGAUGAAUAAAUUGUCUUUUUUGAAGAAAAAAA